AACGCGCACGGUGCGCAAGCAGCGUCUGUACAGCUUUGCCUGUCCCGCUGCUGGUGCGCGAGUCAGCAGCAGACAGUUUGACGUGCGGUCUUCUCCAAGUCCAGAGUGCGAGACCAUCUCCAUCGUUUUCUGCUUUUACUGCAACGCAAACGGGUUCAAAAGGUUCAUUAUGGGAAACAAGUUCAGCAGAAGGCGAGACACUCCAGCCAACAAUGGUGAAACUGUUGCCACUGAACAGACUGCAGAGGAGCCAGCUGUUCCUCAACCAGCAGAGGAGUCUGAGAUAGCACAGACACCAGAGACCGUUGAGGCAGAGGAUCUAGAAGUGGUGGUGGGGGAGGUGGUGACACCAGUGGCGCGUUUGCCCAGUGAAGAAUGUGUAGCAGAGUGUAAAGAGCCAGAGGCUCCCGCCGCCUCUGCCACGCUAAAUGAUGCUGAGCCAGAGCCUGUGACAAAGGAAAGCUCAGCUCCAGUCCAGACUGAGCCUCUGGUCUCAAUCAGCAAACCAGAAUCUCCUCUGGAAUCAGAGCCUGUUGCAGAACCAAAACCUGCUGCUGAAACAGAGCCUGUUGCUGAAGCUCAGCUUGCCCCAGAACCAGAACCAGCCCCAGCCCCAGAACCUGUCUCUGAACCAGAGCCUACCUCAAAUCCAGAGGCAGAAGUUGAGCUUGUCCCAGAGCCCAUUUCAGAGUCAGUACCAGUCCCAGCUGAGCCUCUGGAGCAGCACACAGACAUGCUUACCCAAGAGUCUCUCCCUGAGCCGGUGCCCACGUCACCCCCUUUGAUCGACCUGGGUGUCCCCGACGACACACCCCAACCUGCUAACAGUCCCCCCCCCCCAGCUCCCAUCCCUGACCUGGUCAGUGCAGACGGGCCCUCAGACAUCCCAGUGGCUGAGGAAUGCAGAGACAGCACUGAGGCUGCUAAGACUUCCACAUCUGAGCCAGAAAAGUCAGAGGAGACAUCAGAGUCUCCGGAAAAGCCAAUGGAGGUGGAGGCUGCAGAGAAUUUGGAGCAACUUGUGAGUGAUGUCAAUGAGGAAAACAUUAGCGGACUCCUACAGAAUUUGGAGCUGAAAGGAAACGACCUUGUCUCUGACCUCAUUCCCGAUGAUGUCAAGAUCCCUGACGACGCUCCCAUCAUAGAAAUAAGCACGUCUACUGAGCUGAUGUGAAUCCACUGAGGAGAGUUCAUGAAAUAAGUGAAUGGAUGUUUUCCUGUGAAACCCUCUUAACCCUUUACAUGACUUCUGAAAGAAUCACAGAUGCAAUGGUUGUUUUUCUCCCCUCACUUGUGUAGCCAAAUAAAGGCAAACAGCUUAUUUUGUCUUUCAAAGUGAACAAAAUGUGCCAAAUGAGCUCUGGAAGAAACUGAUGUCUCAUCAGUUUUCACUUACAACUGAAUACUGAUAAAUUUAUGUUUUGUUUUGUUUUUUUGAUUACAUGUAUACAGCCAUAUAUUGUGUGUGGAAUGAUGAGUAAAAAAACUCAAACAGGACAUGGGAUAAUCGUGUACAUAAGUGUAUUGAUGGACAACAGAGAUCUUCCUCUAUGCAAUUUCAACAAGCAAGAAUUCAACUUGUAUUUCUUGUGGGUACUUGAAGAAAAUGGUGUCAUUGCUAUAUAACAAUCUGAUAGAGAAACUUUAAGUGGAGUUUAAAAAUAUAAAAAUGACAGGCAAGGGACAGUAGCAAUGCAACGGAGACCAUAUAUGCAUACGACUAUAUAGAAGGAUACAAGUAUCCAAUAAACAUUUAUGCCUUAACAUACUGAUGUUUGGACUUUGCAGUAUUCCUCUAACAAGAAUGAUCUUCUUAUUGUAUUUUCAGUAUAAUGAGGGGAUUUUAAUUAAAGUAGUGGCUUGCUUGUGAAAAUAAACAUAUUAUUCCAUUUG